AUGAACACUCGCCCCGUCAUCGAUGAGUCCUCGGGACCUGUCUCGUUGUGUGCAUCAUUUAACUACGAUGCUACAUGUUUCGCUGUUGGUCUGGACAUAGGCUUUUGUGUCUUCAAUACGUUUCCAUGUGAGCUCAAAGUCUCCAGAGACUUAAACGCCGGUGUUGGUACGGCGGAAAUGCUAGGAAGAUACAACUAUCUGGCACUCGUUGGAGGUGGAAAGAACCCCAGGUGGCCACAGACAAAGGUUGUGAUAUGGGACGACGCCAAACAAAAGGUCGCAAUCACCCUCGAGUUGAAGACUGCAGUCCUGCGAGUCCGCCUGACAAAAUCAUGGAUAGCGAUUGCAAUUCAGAAUAGCCUCCACCUGUACAAAUUCUCCUCACCCCCCGAGAAGACGGCCGUCUUUGAGACCGCGGACAAUCCUUUGGGCCUCAGUUGCCUCGGGUCGAGAUUGGUCGCAUUCCCCGGCCGCUCUCCAGGAAAAGUGCAACUAGUGGAACUCGGUUCCGGAAAUGUCAGCAUCAUUCCCGCGCAUACCUCUGCCCUACGAGCGAUGGACCUGAGUCCCGAUGGACAACUCCUUGCUACAGCCAGUGAAGCAGGGACAUUGAUCCGAGUCUUCUCAACUUCAAAUUGUGCCAAAGUGGCGGAGUUACGUCGUGGUGUAGAUCCAGCCUAUAUCUUCAGUAUCGCCAUAUCACCCAACUCGUCCAUGUUGGCCGUCACCUCGGACAAGUCCACCCUACAUGUAUUCGACCUCCCAGUAUCAAAUAACUCCGCUCAACCCAAAAGCCCUCUGAGCCCUACGAACCGCCGCUCACAAUCCCCCCACGUGUCAUCCAACCCGGAUGAAGAAACCAGCACGAAUCAAAAAUGGGGAUUCCUGUCCAAGAUCCCUCUUCUCCCUCGCGUGUUUAGCGACAUCUACUCCUUCGCGUCCGCACAUUUCGAAAUGGGCGACGAAACCACCGGACUCAACGGCUCCACCCUUUCAUAUCUCCCGGCCCUCGGCUCCCUUCCGUCGCGCCCUCAAAAAGGUAUCCUAGGCUGGGCGGAUAACAGCACAAUCAUCUGUCUCGGCACUGGACGAGAUGCCAGGUGGGAACGGUUUCUAAUCGGGGAGAAGCCGGGGGUCUCAGAGGAGGGUCAAAGGACACUCUAUCGGGAGGGAUGGAAGAGGUAUCUAGGAUCUUGA